UUAAGAUCAGCCUUUAUAUCAAUUUGAUAUGAUGCUUAAACUUUUAUAAGUAAUUAUGAGUAUCAAAAGUGUUAAAUGAAUAUAGAACUUUAAAAAUAUAGUCAUUUUCUCUGCAUGUGAUAUGUCAGCUUAAACAGGAAUAUUAAACUGUGAAAAUGUAUAAAUGGGGUUGCUGAUUUCAAAACUUGCACAUACUCUGUUUAUUCGAGGAAGAGAGACUCGGAUCCUGAUGCUGGGCUUAGACAAUGCCGGAAAGACAACAGUGCUCUAUAAGAUAAAAUUAAACGAGACAAUGACCACCAUUCCAACUAUUGGAUUCAAUGUUGAAAAUCUGACACCUGUGAAAGGGGUCACAUUCACAGUCUGGGAUGUUGGGGGACAGGACAGAAUCCGAGCAUUGUGGAGACAUUACUUUAAUUCCACUGAAGGGAUAGUGUAUGUUGUUGACAGUUCUGACAUGGAGCGCAUAGAAGAGGCACGUGAAGAACUGUUUAACGUGCUCGAGAGCGAAGAGUUAAAAGGUGUUCCGAUUGUUGUAUUUGCAAACAAACAAGACAUGCUAGACGCAAUGUCAGCAUCGGAAAUAGCACAGCAUCUGUACCUGAACAUGUUGACGGGGCGGAACUGGUGUGUACAGCAAACAUCUGCUACCACUGGAGAAGGCCUGCUCCAGGCAAUGGGAGAGCUCGCAACCCUGGCAAAGGAAUUUGCGGAUUCAAAACAAUGAUAGAUAAUCAUGGCACUACCGUUAUUAAUUUCUAUGUUUUCUAAACAUGAUAUCGAAGAUUGUUUUGCUAACGAACGUCUUAUGGUUGUGCAGUAUAUCACCAAACCACAGAUGAUUUAAUUAAUGUAAUAAAGUACUACCAAUCGUCUAAUCGUCUUAACCAGCAAUCUGCCCGUCCAAUGCAUGUUGUACAGUACUGUCUCGUGUGACUGGAUACUUUAAACAUUCUCUAAAAGUUGUGCCUCUUUAAAAAGUGUGCCAUUUGUAAAGAAAUCGGAAUAAUGAAUUGAUGAAAACUA